AUGACACUAUGGCACGCUGCAGAGUACGUCGCGCACGACCCAUGGAAGCUCCUCGUCGCCGUGACCCUUCUGAACAAGACCGCGGGCACCCACGCUGUGCCGGCAUUCCUAGCACUCACCGACGCGUGGCCCACGGCGCACGCCCUCGCACGAGCUCCGCAGGGCGUCCUGCAGGCGCGCAUCGCGCAUCUCGGGCUGGGCCGCUCGCGCUCGGAACGCCUCAUUGCGCUGUCGCAAGCAUACUGUGCGGACCCGCCGGUGCGCGGGAACGUGCGCCCAUCGCGGUGCUACGUGGACGUGGGCGUCGGGGCGCAAAGGCAGCGGUAUCCCCCGACAGAGGCCUCGCAUCUGCCGGGGAGCGGGCCGUAUGCGCUAGAUUCGUAUAGGAUUUUCUGCGCGGGGGAGGACGAAUGGAAGGCGGUCAUGCCCCGGGAUAAGGAGCUAGUCAGGUAUCUCAGAUGGAACUGGGCCGUCAUGGCGUUUCGCCGCUGGGACGCUCUCCAUGGCCCAGGAGGAGAUGUCGACAUUCCCUAUAUCAUAGGGGCUGUGUAUUUAUGGGAAACAAACGGGAUGAUUUGGAUCAGGCGAGGGACUCGGAGUACAUCACUCGAGCAGAUGGCGCGGCAACUCGCCCUCCAUGCCGCCCGCGCCUCCCACUGGCACUCCCGCCUUCUCUCCGCCCUCGACGCCACCGACGCCCUUCGCGCACAACAUCGCGCGGAGAUCGUCGUGGAGCGCCGCGCCGCCGCCGCUCUCGCACGCAAGCUUGAAGCAGCGCGCAGGUACAUCAGGGAGGCGCAGGCCGAUUGGGACGACAUGCGCGAGGCGCUCAGCGCCGUCGUCGAGAAAGAACCACUGAACGCCCGCACGAUGACGUGCAAAAAGGCUCGCGAGAACCAGGACAGCCACCGCGCGCUGUAUGCACAUGCGCAGGCCAUCAUCCUCACCCUGCGUGCUGAGCUCGAGUCCGAGCGCACCGCGCACGCGCACACGCGCCAACAAACAGAAUCAGAGAUCCUCUCGCUGUCCGCGCGUCUAGCGCGGCGCGAGGCCGAGCUCGAGGCGUGUGUCGCGCAAGCACAUGUACAUCCUCCGGCUGAAGUCCCGCCGAUCAAAGACUCUCAUUCCGCACCCUCGGGUCCCUCGGAACACGCGGGCCAUGCGAGACGCGCGGAUUUCAUGGGCGUCGCGGGAAAUGGGUUAGACGCGCAUUCGUCGUCGUCGCAGCGCUCAACACCGACACUAACGCAGGACGACGCGGUCCGGAUCCUAGACUUCUCUGCGUCGCGAAACAGGGCGCUCGAGGCGGAGUCGCAAUCACCUCGACAGGCACUCAUUGACCGGGCAGGGUCCAAGACCGAUCAGCAGCCCCCUUCUCGCGCAUCCAGCCGUGCGCACCUGCCGCAAACACCUCGAUCGCCCCCUCCGUUCUCGCAAGCGCCGCUCGGGUCUCCACUGGCCGACACCGAGGGUCAAAUUGACAGUGGCGCGGGCACCCAAGGGCGCGCUUGCAUAGCAUCGAAUGAUCAUACGGAGCUCACGAGCGGUGGAUCGAUAUAUAGGCUGCGCGAGACGAUCAAAACGCUUCAAGGGGAUAUGGAGAACGUGUGCGGAGCUAGGAGGGAGCGCGAGGACUGGCUGCAGCGCGAGAAUGACCGCUUGCGCGUGGAAGUCGCUCGGCUGUUAGCGCAGCAGCCGUCCAGCACAACAAGCACACUACAGAAUCCCUGCGAAGUACCCGCUCCGCCUCUACAAGCGUCCAUUUCCGCCGUCGCCAUCGCUGACUAUGCGUCCCCGCCGCCCGAUGGUGACGUUACUCUCCGUCCAUGCGCAAAUGCGGAUCUAGCAGCCUCCACGCCCGCCCUCCUCGACGCGAAUGAUGAUGCAGAGCGUUCGAUGGAGCUCGCCACACCGCUCCAGCCGACAAUUCUCUCCAUCCGCAUGGACGAGGUGUCCUCUGACGGCCCUCAUUCUGUGCCCCCCAUUCAGGCGCAUGCGAAUCUCCCAUCCAUGGCCGCGCCCGAGCCUCCACUUGUCCCCUUGCCGGACUCCCCGUCAUCGCCAGAGUUCCCGUCAUGGCUGCUGCCGUCGGUCGACUCAGAGGCGCCGCUGCCGUUUUCGCUGAGCAUGGUGCUGGCGAUGCACGAAGGUGAGAUGCCAGGUUGGUGGGCGGAGCUGCGCACGCCACCGUCGCUGCUCAGCGCGGAAGGCACUGUCAGCAGAAGUGGGGAGACGGAUGGGAUUCAAAGGCAGAGCGCGCAUGAACCAGGAGGCGUGGAUAUGGGUGCGGUGGAGGGUACAAUGGCAAGGCUAGAUGCGCUGGAGCGGGAGCUGGACGACGCGCGCCAGGAGCUGGAGGCAAGGGAUGAGGAGUUGCGGGAUCUCCGCGGGGUCGUGCAGGAGUUGAUGGAGCUGGUCUACGCGGAUGCAAAGGAUAGCAGCGACGGCGACAGGGAAGGAGACGGUGACGCAUAG